AUGGCGACCUCCGGGGACCUCGCCACGCAGAUCCUGCUGGCACUGUCUACGCAAAGCCCGAUUUUGACCGCCGAAGCCUUCCCCGCGCUAGCAUCGCAGGAUGUCAAGGCCGCGCUCGACAGGCUUGGCUCUCGCUCCAUGAUCACCUACGAGACCAUUGAGCGUGAGGAGGCUAUCCUCGAGCCCGAGGCCGAGCAGAUUGCCGAGCAUGGCAGCCACGAAGCCCGCGUCUUCGAGGCCCUGCGUAAGGCCAUGGACGGCCUGUCUGUCCAGGAACUCGAGGCCGCCAUUGGCGACAAGAACGUCACCAAGCUGGGCCAGGGUAAGGCCUUUAGGGAAAAGUGGAUUGCAAAGAACAAGGACGGCAAGCUCAUUGCUACUACUCACGGAACCCCCCCACCUCAGGCCGACUCGAUCCAAGACGUUACCCAAGCACAGCUCCAAAAGAUCAAGGAGACCCGAACCGGCGAUGCCAAAACUCUCACCGACCUCAAGAAGCGCAAACUCAUCAAGAUGCAGAAGAUCAUCAGCUUCAAGGUCGAAAAGGGCCCCAAAUUCGCCCUCGAGAUCCAAAAGGAGGAGACCGACCUGACAUCGGAAAUGAUUACCUCAGGCGCCUGGAAGACGGCCAACUUCAAGCCCUACAACUUCAAGGCCCUCGGGGCUGACCAAAACGCCGGCGCUCUGCACCCCCUCAACAAGGUCCGUCAAGAGUUCCGUCAAAUUUUCUUCGAGAUGGGCUUCGAGGAGAUGCCUGCGAACAAGUUUGUUGAGACGGGCUUCUGGAACUUCGACGCCCUUUUCGUGCCCCAGCAGCACCCCGCCCGCGACCUGCAAGACACCUUCUACAUCUCGGACCCCAAGGUUGCCGACCGGCCCCGGCCGCAGGAGCCCGGCCAGGACACCGAGGCCUACUGGAACAACGUCCGCGAGGUGCACCAGGACGGCAAGUACGGCUCCAUCGGGUACCGGUACCCCUGGGCCGCCGAGGAGUCGCUCCGCCUCGUCCUGCGCACGCACACCACGUCCAUUUCGGCCGCGCUCCUGCACAAGCUCGCCUCGCAGCGCGGGCCUGACGGCCGCCCGCCGCCCGCGCGCUACUUCUCUAUCGACCGCGUCUUCCGCAACGAGACGGUCGACGCAACCCACCUCGCCGAGUUCCACCAGGUCGAGGGCGUCAUCGCCGACUACGGCCUGACCCUCGGCGGCCUCAUGGAGUUCAUGGAGGUCUUCUUCGGCAAGAUGGGCAUCACCGACCUCAAGUUCAAGCCCGCCUACAACCCCUACACCGAGCCCAGCAUGGAGAUCUUCAGCUACCACAAGGGCCUCGGCAAGCUCGUCGAGAUUGGCAACUCGGGCAUGUUCCGCCCGGAGAUGCUCGAGGCCAUGGGCCUGCCCAAGGACAUGCGCGUCUUCGGCUGGGGUCUCAGCCUCGAGCGCCCGACCAUGAUCAAGUACAAGAUCUCCAACAUUCGUGAACUGCUCGGCCACAAGGUCGACCUCAACUUCAUCGAGCGAAACCCGGCCGUCAGACUAGACAAGGAGUAG